ACACACACAAAGCCACUGAGCUCAUUAAGGAUGGCAGUGUGUAUAGAGUUGCCAUGAAGCUUACAGAGAGAAACUUUUCUCGUCUUGACACUUUGCUUGAUGUACACUAAUUAGGCAACAACCACCAGGAGUGUUUGGGGCCAGAAACUAACUGCAAAGGUAUGAGAGCAUCAACGUCCCGUUUAAGUUUUUCCUCAAAGGACCCUUUAUGGAACCGGAUGCCGGAUCAGAUCUCGGUGUCCGAGUUUCUCUCGGAGACGACGGAAGACUACAACUCGCCCACCACAUCCAGCUUCACGACCCGCCUCCAGAGCUGCAGGAACACCGUCAGUGUUUUAGAGGAGGCCUUGGAUCAGGACAGGACUUCACUGCAGAAAGUUAAGAAGUCUGUGAAAGCCAUCUACAAUUCUGGCCAAGAACAUCUUCAGAAUGAGGAGACAUAUGCUCAGGCACUGGAUAAGUUUGGUGGGAACUUCAUCAGCCGGGACAACAAUGACUUGGGAACAGCCUUUGUUAAGUUCUCCACUCUUACAAAGGAGCUCUCGUCCCUGCUCAAAAACCUGCUCCAGAACCUAAAUCAUAAUGUGAUCUUCACACUGGACUCUCUGUUGAAAGGAGACCUGAAAGGUGUAAAGGGGGACCUGAAAAAACCAUUUGACAAAGCCUGGAAGGACUAUGAAACAAAGUUUACGAAGAUAGAAAAGGAAAAACGAGAGCAUGCCAAGCAACAUGGUAUGAUCCGAACAGAGAUCACGGGUGCCGAGAUUGCGGAGGAAAUGGAGAAAGAGAGGCGACUUUUUCAGCUGCAGAUGUGCGAGUACCUGAUCAAGGUGAACGAGAUUAAGACCAAAAAAGGUGUUGACCUUCUCCAGAACCUGAUAAAGUAUUACCAUGCACAGUGCAAUUUCUUCCAGGAUGGCUUGAAGACAGCUGAUAAGCUCAAGCAGUACAUCGAGAAGCUAGCUGCUGAUCUUUACAAUAUCAAACAAACACAGGAUGAGGAGAAGAAGCAUCUCACAGCAUUGAGGGAUCUCAUCAAGUCGUCCUUGCAGUUAGAGCAGAAGGAGUCUAGAAGAGACUCGCAAAGCAAGCAGGGAGGAUACAGCAUGCACCAACUGCAGGGUAACAAAGAGUUUGGCAGUGAGAAGAAAGGAUACCUGCUGAAGAAGAGCGAUGGGCUCCGAAAGGUAUGGCAAAGAAGGAAGUGCUCAGUGAAAGGAGGAAUUCUGACCAUCUCUCAUGCCACAUCAAACAGACAACCGGUCAAACUGAACCUACUAACAUGUCAGGUCAAGCCGAGCUCUGAAGACCGCAAGUGUUUUGAUCUCAUUUCCCAUAAUCGCACAUAUCACUUUCAGGCUGAAGAUGAACAGGAGUUUGUUAUCUGGAUCUCAGUGUUAACUAACAGUAAAGAAGAGGCGUUAAACAUGGCGUUCCGAGGAGAGCAGUCUGCAGGUGAAGAUGGCCUGGAGGAAAUAACUAAAGCCAUUAUUGAUGAUGUCCUGCGCAUACCUGGCAAUGAAGUUUGCUGUGACUGUGGUGCCGCAGAUCCAAAAUGGCUCUCCACCAACCUGGGCAUCCUGACAUGUAUUGAGUGUUCAGGCAUUCACAGGGAGAUGGGAGUGCACAUCUCUCGCAUUCAGUCCAUGGAACUGGACAAAUUGGGGACAUCAGAACUUUUGCUGGCCAAGAAUGUUGGAAACAGUAAUUUUAAUGAGAUUAUGGAAGGAAAUCUUCCUUUUCCCUCUCCAAAGCCUACUUCAUCUAGUGAUAUGACCAUUCGCAAGGAGUUCAUAAACGCCAAAUACGUGGAUCAUAAAUUUGCAAGGAAAACUUGCAGCUCUGCAGUUGCGAAGAUGAACGACCUGUACGAUGCCGUGAGGUCACGUGAUCUGUUGGCUCUCAUCCAAGUGUAUGCUGAAGGGGUAGAGCUAAUGGAGCCACUUCCUGAUGAAGGACAGGAAGGUGGAGAGACAGCGCUGCACUAUGCUGUGAAGACUGCUGACCACACAUCACUGCACCUGGUCGACUUUCUGGUACAGAACAGUGGAAAUCUGGACAAACAGACUGAUAGAGGAAACACAGCCCUGCACUACUGCUGCAUCUACGAAAAACAUGAAUGCCUCAAAUUACUCCUGAGAGGCAAACCUGCUACUGACAUCACCAAUCACAAUGGUGAAACAUCACUGGAUGUGGCCAGGCGGAUGAGGAUCGACCAGUCUGCAGAGGCAUUGAUUCAAGCUGCAGAGGGAAAAUUUAAUCCAAAGGUUCAUGUUGAGUAUGACUGGAAUCUUAGACUUGAGGAAAUGGAUGAGAGUGAUGAUGAGCUUGACGAUAAACCAAGUCCAAUUAAAAAGGACCGGAGACCACAGAGUUUCUGUCACUCCUAUAGCUUGUCUCCUCAUGAUAAACUCUCCCUCCCAGCUUUUCCUACCCAGCGGGAUAAACCACGCCUCUCCUAUGGCAUGUUCACCAAUCAGAUAUACAGUGUUUCCACUGACUGUCCCUCCUCUCCUGUCAGUGAUGCACCACCUCUACCUCCCAGGAACAUAGGAAAAGCUCCACCAUCGUCGUCAUCCUCCCCUCUCUCCCCUGGCUCCCAGAUUCCUGCUAACAGCAGCUCCACACUGUCCAAGAAGAGACCCCCGCCCCCUCCCCCUGGUCACAAACGCACACUGUCUGACCCUCCUACCCCACUCUCAUACUCACCCGUGUGUAAAGGAAGCGACUCUACACCUCUUCAGAUCAAUAAACUGUCUCCCAUAACAAACCGAUUUGAAGGUAUACUACAACAGAGCACAACGUCGAGUACCACUAAAGCUACACUUGGCCCAAGGGUCCUUCCCACACUACCUCAGAAGUUUGUUCUUCGUAAGACAGAAACAAUACACCACCCAUCAGUGGACAAACCCAGCCAGCCUCCAGAGCCAUUGCUGUUUCAGAAGUCUCCUCCAGGGUCAGACACACCACUGAAAGUCCAUGUACUUGAUAAACCCCAGCCAGGGGAUCUUCAACCUAAACCCCAGAGCUCCGACUUACCACCUAAACCUGGAGAACUACCCCCAAAACCACAAUCCUUUGAUCUGCCUCCUAAACCUCAGCUGGGAGACCUACCACCCAAACCUCAACUCAAGGACCUCCCACCCAAACCACUACUUUCUGACCUCUCAAAUCCCAAACCUGGAGUCCCUGAACCUGUGCACAAGCUCUCUCCUGCAGAGUUGGCUCACAAACCCGAGCCCGAUGACAUGCCAGUUACUAAUCAACAAGCUGAACCAAUACCUCAGCUCACCCACUCCACUGAGGACACCAACGGGAGCCUGGCGUCUGGUCCAGAAACUCCAAUACCACUUCCGAGGAAAAUCAGUACAGGAAAGAUUAAACUGCGGCGAGUAAAGACCAUCUACGACUGUCAGGCAGACAAUGACGAUGAGCUCACUUUUGUAGAGGGUGAGGUCAUUGUGGUAACAGGGGAGGAGGAUCAAGAGUGGUGGAUUGGACAUAUAGAAGGCCAGCCAGAGAGAAAAGGCGUUUUCCCCAUGUCUUUUGUCCAUAUCCUGUCUGACUGACAUCAAUUACUGAUUCUGAAGCCCAAAAUCUUCCCACCUUGCUCAUCUCCUAUAAAGAGAAAUCUGUAAAUAGCUCCUGGAACCGCCACAGGACCAUUAAAACGAGAAAAUAAGCACCACAAAAAAAGAUGCAAAAAUUUUGAAACCUCUUAUUAACUUCCUCCCCGAAAUAGAGGUGCGAGGCGAAUGAUGAGUGUGUAGCUUCAUCAGUGUUUCCAUUCCUGUUCAGCACAGCUGAAACCGCUCCCAGCAUUUAGCCACAUCCUUUACUUCAGUUGUUUCUUAGUUGCUUUUGUAUACAAUAACUGUACAUGAUGUUGGCUGCACACAAAUAUACACAGGAGUUAAUGUGUGUAAAUAUGUAAACCUGUGAGAGUGGCAAGAGAGUAAAAUGUGUAUACUUGGAUCCUGCCUGCCAGCUGUCUAUACCAGGGCCAGUACUGUACAGACAGUGAAGUGUAUUAAUGCAAAUGAAUUAUUGUUGAUUGAAUUUAAAAUGGCACACUUAGUGAUGGAUUGUCAUUACCGUUGGAAAAGUUUUCAGGCUUGUUUUAUAUCCACAUACCACUAUUGCACAGCCAAUGAUGAGUUCCAAUUAUUCACUCUUCUUUUGCUUGUAACAUAAGGAACCUGUAAUAUGCUCAUACCUAUUGUGGUAAACUCUUCGGUGGCCUUGUCCUAUGUAUUAGUUACCACAUCUAGUGAGGUAAACCCCUAUAUUUCUGUUUGAUAUUCAGCCUAGCCAAGAUAGUUUUACUUUGUUUUUAAGAGAGUAGUCUUUGUCCUCUAACCAUCUCAUCCUCUUGAUCAGUGCAAAUUGACUGUAGUAAGAUGGCUAAUACUUGAAGCAUUCAAUGCAUAGGAAAUCUUUUGGUUGACAAAUUGAUGUACUGAAGAAUUAACAUUUAUGGCAAUGCCAAUUUAAGAUUAUGAAGCACUGCAGUCAUGUAUAAGUGGGUGCUACAUUUAUCCUGAGCAACAUACCAACUGUUAAGGCAUGGAGGUUUUGGGGCACUUGGGCUACUGCAAAUGAACUAAUAGCAUAAGCCUGGAGCAAAGCUACAUGCCACCCUCCAAGCUUUAAUAAACAGUGACCAGUUGUAUUGUUAAUGUGAUCAGUUUUAAGAAAAAUAAAAUGCCCUUUCUGAUGUAAGGUUUAAAAGCAA